UUUCUAUGGCAGGUUCUCAUGUGUCCAAGGAGGUGCAGGAACGUCUGCGCGAGAGGCUCGAGGGCUGUUUGACUGAUACGAACGCGUUAGUCAAGUACUUAUGCAAGGGAUCGGAUGCUCACUCUUUGCUGUCGAAGGCUGCUAAGUCGUUUGCGUCUCAAGAUGGUGCACUCUCUUCUACUCACGAUAAUCUGAAACGUGUUGAAGGAAUUAUCAACGAGAUGACUUCUCAAAUGAACGUGGCAAAUCGGAGUGUUGAGAAAAUCCCGUUGGUCGUUCAGAGAAUCGAAGUCUUAGAGAGACUAUGAGAACGUUGGUGGAAACGAUACGUGUAUUUACCAAUAGAAAUUUUGACACAGUGAAAGUGUAUAGAAUCAUAUUGAUAUCAACGUUGUCAGUGUACAUAUUUGUAUUAGUAUAUUUGUAUUAGU